CUGUUCGACUUUGUGAGUUCAGUCAGAAAAAAUUAAAUAAUGUGGUGGAGAGUAGUUUUAUUUAUUACCAAAGCGUUGUAAACACCCUUAUGCACCCUCAUAAUAACCAAUAAUGCAUUGCUACUGGCAUUGGGGGUAAACAGUGUCAUUUCGAAUAACCAUUAAUGAUAUAAACAAGUGAAGAAUUGAGACACCGGUGGCCACCGGACGUUCCGCCUUGAGCAGGGUGCAUCAUUCACACUUGGCAUUCACACACACACACACACACACACGCGCGCGCGCGCGCGCUUCAUCUUUACAGCCCUGUGGGUGAUGCUUGACCAGAGAGCCGAAGCAGCGGUUCCAGCAGGGCCGCUCCAGUGCCGCACUCACUCAGCCCUCUCCGCGCAAUAACUGACGUGUUUUGCGCAUUUCCUGGACCAGCCUUCAGACACACACACACACACACACACGGAGAGUCGGGAGAAAAAGAGGCAGGUCUGCAGGAAACCGAGUACCGACGGGCAAACAAGGAUCCUGGAAAAAAAGCAAGUGAGCGCGGAACCCUUGUAAACACCGCUUCUCCUGUCUGGGGCGAACCGAAAGACGCUUUUGCGGGGAUAACUUUCCUCCCGGUGCGCGGAGGAGACACGUCCAGCGCUCCAGUCAGACGAGGGAAAGGGCUCCUCACCCCGAGGAGAUCCAGCAUAUAUUUCUGUCGCAUUUCGAGGAGUGGAAUGCUGGUCGUAUCGCGGCUGACACGCCGUUGCUGUCCUUUUUCAAGCCAGCUUGCGUCGCUGACUGCCUACAGCGGCGUUUGGACAGCUUCGAGACCGCAUGCAGGUUGUCCGUAGGUCACAGCAAUAGAUCCCCUUUCUGCCCGGACCUCGUACGCUUUGCAUGCAGAUCCACGAGGACGAAGAAGGGCAUUCACCGUUAUUUCACAAAGGAGAAACAACCCCAAACCAGCGGACCGUGGCAUACACCGGUUGAAUAAUUAACCAGGCGCCGAAGUGGAAUAUCGUUACUAAAGCUCUCGAAAGUGGCCAUGGUGUUUUUUAACGGUCUGCUGAAGAUCAAGAUCUGCGAGGCUUUGGACCUGAAGCCCACAGCCUGGUCCCUGAGACACGCCGUCGGCCCCAAGACGCAGACCUUCCUGCUGGACACGUACAUCGCCCUCAACGUAGAUGAUUUUCGAGUGGGUCAGACCUCGACCAAGCAGAAGACCAACAGCCCCGUGUGGCACGACGAGUUUGUGACCGAGGUGCACGACGGCCGCAAGAUCGAGCUGUCGGUGUUUCACGACGCGCCGAUCGGCUACGACGACUUCGUGGCCAACUGCACCAUUCAGUUUGAGGAAUUGCUGCAUAACGGCAGCAAACGCUUCGAGGACUGGAUAGACUUGGAGCCAGAGGGAAAGGUUUAUGUCAUUAUCGACUUGUCUGGAUCAUCCAGUGAAGGAAGCUGUGAGAAUGAGGAGCGCGUGUUUCGUGAACGCAUGCGUCCCAGGAAGAGGCAGGGAGCCGUCCGGAGGAGGGUGCAUCAGGUCAACGGGCACAAGUUCAUGGCCACCUACCUGAGACAGCCCACCUACUGCUCGCACUGCCGCGACUUCAUCUGGGGUGUAUUAGGAAAGCAAGGGUACCAGUGCCAAGUGUGCACAUGUGUAGUUCAUAAACGCUGCCACGAGCUGAUCAUCACGAAAUGCGCGGGCCUGAAGAAACAGGAGGACACCACGGAGGAGGUGGGAUCCCAGCGCUUUAGCGUCAAUAUGCCUCAUAAGUUCAGUAUUCACAACUACAAAGUCCUGACGUUCUGUGACCACUGCGGCUCAUUACUGUGGGGCCUGCUGCGGCAAGGGCUGCAGUGCAAAGUUUGUAAGAUGAAUGUGCACAAGCGUUGUGAAAGCAAUGUAGCUCCCAACUGUGGGGUGGACGCCCGGGGCAUCGCUAAGGUGCUGUCUGACCUCGGAGUCACUCCAGAUAAACUCUCCGGUAGCGUCCAAAGGAGAAAAAAGAUCUCUCAGGGUCCAGAUCCGCAGCCCUUACCCAUAUCCCUGCAGUCAGAAGAGGAUCGAUCCAAGUCUGCUCCCACAUCACCGUGUGACCAGGAUAUAAAGGACCUGGAGAACAUCAGAAAGGCACUUUCGUUCGACCAUCGCGGCGAAGAGCUGAAGCCAGCCUCGUCCUCCUCUCCGACCGAGGGCCUGUCGGAAGAGACCGGGCAGGCCAGAGAGAACGGAGAGAUGAAGACGCUCCAGACCAAAAGGAUGACGCUGGAGGACUUCUCCUUCAUCAAAGUGCUCGGGAAAGGCAGCUUCGGCAAGGUGAUGCUGGCGGAGUUAAGAGGCACGGACGAGGUUUAUGCGGUGAAAGUGUUGAAGAAAGACGUCAUCCUGCAGGACGAUGACGUGGACUGCACUAUGACUGAGAAACGUAUUCUAGCGCUGGCCAGAAAACACCCUUACCUGACCCAGCUCUACUGCUGCUUUCAGACCAAGGACCGUUUGUUCUUCGUCAUGGAAUACGUGAAUGGCGGCGAUCUGAUGUUCCAGAUCCAGCGUUCGCGCAAAUUCGAUGAAGCCCGUUCGCGGUUUUACGCUGCCGAGGUGACCUCAGCCCUCAUGUUCCUGCACCAGAAUGGGGUCAUUUACAGGGAUUUGAAGCUAGACAACAUUCUGCUGGACGCAGAGGGUCACUGUAAGCUGGCGGACUUUGGCAUGUGUAAGGAGGGAAUCCUGGAUGGCAUCACAACCACCACAUUCUGCGGCACGCCGGAUUACAUUGCCCCCGAGAUCCUGCAGGAGCUGGAGUACGGUCCGUCGGUGGACUGGUGGGCUCUAGGUGUGCUGAUGUACGAGAUGAUGGCCGGUCAGCCUCCGUUUGAAGCAGAUAACGAGGACGACCUUUUUGAGUCUAUUCUCCAUGAUGACGUCCUAUAUCCCGUGUGGCUCAGCAAAGAGGCCGUCAGCAUCCUUAAAGCGUUCAUGACGAAGAGCCCUAGUAAGCGGCUGGGCUGCGUAGUAUCCCAAGGACUAGAGGAAGCUAUUAAAGUGCAUCCGUUCUUCAAAGAGAUUGAUUGGGUACUUCUGGAACAGAGGAAGAUCAAGCCGCCUUUCAAACCACGUAUUAAAACCAAAAGGGACGUCAACAAUUUUGACCAGGACUUCACCCGCGAGGAGCCGGUGCUCACCCCGGUAGAAGAUGCCAUCAUCAAGCAGAUCAACCAGGAGGAGUUCAAGGGCUUCUCUUACUUCGGAGAAGAGACCCUGUCCUAAUACUAAAGCCGACCGUAGACCCUCAUUUACCAACAAUCUGAUGCUUUCAUUUAAAAGUAGAAAAUUAGGCAUUAUAACCUUUCCUGCUGAACCCCUCUAAAAAGAUAAGUGCGUGCGCAUAGACUCACGCAUCUUUAUUUAAGGUGUGUCAAACACUAAAGCGGCUAGACGGAGCUCUUUAGAAAGCCCUUUCAUGUUUCGUUCCUUCUCCCAUCAUCUCUCUAACCCGUUGACACUAGCGCCGUUUUGAAAUGCAAAAACCAAACGUAAAGAACGAGCGAUUGUAUUGCGGAUGCGAUGCAUGUGAGCGCGCCGACCGGGAGUUGUGAGCGCUCUGCGUUGGGAUCUGAUCAGUGAUUGGACGGUACUUGGAAGGACUCAGAACUGCCUUUCAUCAGACCAUCGCACCUUUUCCAUUCGAAACUGCAGUGUUGACAAAUAAGCAAGUCACCAAUCAAGUGUCGUGCGUGCGUGUGUGUGUGUGCGUGUGUGUGUGUGUGUGUGCGUAUAUGCUGGAGGGUUUACACAAGUACCCUCUUUAGUGUUUCGUUGUGUGUGUGUGUGUGUGUGUGUGGUUUUUUCAUUAUAUUACUGGAUUGUUUUGUUGCUAGGAUGUGGAAGUUGUUGGUUUCUUUACAAUGCAACAAGACCUAUCAUUAUGAACGGGUCAGGACGGUAGCCAAUCACGUCUCUACAGAACCUACAAGUCCUGAUUACCCCGAUCUUUAGCCUGUGAACUUUGAAAAUAGACUAAUCAUCUACUGCAUGGUUAUGCCUAUCAUAUUCUUAUUAGACUAUGAGAAACUGUUAUGUGCAAUAUUCUGUGUGUGUGUGUGUGUGUGUGGGUGGGUGGAUGCGUGGGUGUGUUUACCCUCUUUUUUCCUCUCUAUAUCUCACCUUUAGUGUCUCUUAUUUCCGCUGUCUGUUUUGGUUGGUAAUAGUUUGGUUGCCAGGUCAUGCCGUAUCCAGCACAGGUCCUUUAUUUCAGCUGCUAUAGUCUCUGUAUUUCUUGUACGUUAGUUAGACAAGACACAAAAUAUCAAUAUAGCACAACUGAAAUGCCCUAAUUUUUCCUAAUACGACCGCUUUAACGGUGAUGCAAGCAAGGCUAGUUACAUUUUAUCAAUUUUUGCUGAUUCUUGCCAAAAUUAGGUUUAAAGGUUGAAUUUGAAGAGUUUGUUUGCAAAAACAGAUAACUGCAUUCUCUUUAAUAUCAGCCCAACUGCAGUUUAUUUUGGUUUUGUUUUUAAAUUAGGAUAAAAAUAGCUAAAAUGUAGCCAACUAAUACAGCUGUAACAAGACUAGUUACAUUUAUCAAGAAAAUCAGGUUUUAUUUAUUUUCUCUUUUUUUUUUAGCAGAUUCUUGCCAGCAUUAGGCAUUACCUCAGUUUUUAACAAUUUAUAAAAAAAUGUAUUUUAUUUUUUUAUUUUGCAAUUUUUUUAAUAUCAAAAAUAUAUAAAAAAAAAAAAGUUAACUAACCCGUGGUAACAUGAUAAAAAAAAAAACAUGAUUUUUGAAAAUGAAUAAAAAGUGGAGUUAUCCGUUACAGCAAAUAAACUCUUGAUCUGUUGCCAGAUUUAUCUGUAUUCUGAAAAAAGCCUUUCUUCUGAUGUCCAAACACCUUUCCUUUGCCGCGACCUCUCACUUUCCACAAUCACUCGAUUCUUGCAUAAUAUUUAUUUUCGGUUCUGUAUUUUUGCCCGUACAUAUCAAAUCCCCAAAGUGAAAGUGGGUCGUGAACGGCGUCCCGUGUUUACCUUGAGACCUCCUUCAUUUUGAGUUUACCUUUCAUUUGUCUGCCUGUUUUUUCCCAAAGCCUUGCUCCCUCUGAAGCGGCAUCUAUGAGCUCGGAUGGAGUCCGCCGUCAUCAAACUCUCACGGCUACACCUGUGCCCUGACGCAAAACUUGCAAAGCUAUUCUGGACUUCACGAUAAUCUCUUUUUUAAAUUGUUUCUGAAACGACUCUACAUAGGAGACACAUUGACGUGUUCAAGCAAAAAGAUCUAAGUACCUCUUUGGCUAAACGUGAAUCUGUGUCUCUCAAAGGAAUACGUAUUUGUACAUACAGAGGUACAGUGCAUAUUAAUAUAAGUUAUACAAGUGUUCUAUGUCACUGUAAGUAUCAUAAAUGUGUAUGUAUUUCUUUUUUAUUUUAUUGUGCAGCUUCAUGUGUACAGUAUGUCAUAAGACGAGUCUAUUUGUUAUUUUAUUUUAUUUGGAUAUCUCCACCAUUAUUCACUGUCAUGUCAUUUCUUUGCAUUUUACUGUGUGCCAAACGUACUGUUCUCAAAGGAUGUGAAUGUGCAUUGUUUGGUUCGUAACCUAUUAAAUAAGAUGUCGGAAAUGAA